CCCUCUCUGCCUCUCUUCUUCCUCCUCCCUCUACCUCUUCUUUACCCUCUAACAUUCACUUUCUCUCCAUCUGUGCAUCCUUUUGCCUUCUCUAUAACCCUUAACUCCCUCUUUUUUGUUCCUUUUCUCCUUAAGUUUCAGAAAUCUUUACCUGGUUUGUUGAUUAAAGAUGGAAUACGAGAGGCCUAAAUAUGACUGCCUUCUGUUUGAUCUUGAUGAUACACUUUAUCCCCUUAGUUCUGGUCUUGCGGCUGCGUGUGGCCAGAAUAUUAAAGAUUAUAUGGUGGAACACCUAGGGAUAGAGAAGAGCAAGAUCACUGAAUUGGGUAACCUUCUCUACAAGAAUUAUGGGACAACAAUGGCUGGUCUCAGGGCAAUUGGUUAUGACUUCGACUAUGAUGAGUACCACAGUUUUGUUCAUGGGAGAUUGCCUUAUGACAACCUAAAACCAGACCCUGUCCUGAGGAUUCUUCUGCAGAGCCUCCCAAUUAGAAAAGUAAUCUUUACAAAUGCAGACAAAGUUCAUGCCCUUAAAGUUCUUACCAAGCUUGGGUUGGAAGAUUGUUUUGAAGGGAUUAUUUGUUUUGAGACUCUAAAUCCUACCCAUAAGAGCACCAUUUCUGAUGAUGAAGAUGACAUUGAGUUUGUGGGAUCAGCUGCUGCUGCUGCUGCCAAAACUGCUAAUAAUGGUCCUGAAAUUUUUGACAUUAUUGGCCAUUUUGCUCAACCAAACCCAGCCGCGGUGUUACCAAAAACACCAAUUGUCUGCAAACCAUCAGAAACUGCCAUAGAAAGGGCUCUUCAAAUAGCUAACAUUAAUCCGUACAGAACUCUGUUCUUUGAGGAUAGUGUCCGCAAUAUUCUGGCCGGAAAACGUCUGAAUCUUCACACUGUGCUGGUCGGUACAUCUCAGAGAGUGAAAGGUGCAGAUUAUGCAUUAGAAAGCAUCCACAAUCUGAGGGAAGCAGUGCCAGAGCUUUGGGAGGCUGAAAUUAAGACAGAUGGGUACCCUGCAAAGGUUGCAAGAGAGACACCUGUCACUGCUUAAGAUAUUUGCUUUCUUUGUCAUUUGCUCAAUGGAAGGAAUGAUGGAAAUCAAUGAUCACAUUAUCUCAGGAUCUAUCUAUGAUCAUAGGGUGUGCCCAUUUCCGCCCGCUCUAGUUGACUCAGCACACAAAUUGUACACCCAGUAUCCUGAAUUCAACGCUCAAACCCCAUCAUUAGAAUAUUAAUGAAAAAAAAAAUCUAAUUAAUUCAUGUUUCCCUAUUCUAUGAUCCAAUUAUGUAAAUAUUUACUGUAAUCAUUGAUAAUAUUAUUAAAAAAAUUUUAAGAGUUGCUUUCUUCUUCUCCA